UUGUUCCUUCUCCAUAUUCCUCUCAUGGCUGCUCCUCCUAAAAAGAAAUGCAAAAUCCAGGUUUUGACGGAGUCUCCAUUGCCGGAGUUCGAUGUCUUUCGUCAAGUGAUGCAAGAAUAUCAAGACAAACGGGAGCGUUUAAUUCGAGUGUCUAGAGAAAUUACCAUCCAAAGCAAAAGAAUGAUUUUUGCUCUUCAUCAGGCAGCUUCUAAAAAAUUUCCCCUUGAACAGAAACCGGAAUGUUGUGAACCAUAUAAAAAUAGCAUUCAGAAACAAAUGCAGGAGCUUGCUGCUGAGUUAGACGGGUUUUCUUCAGACCAGUAUUGUGAAGCAUACUCCCCCGGUUUCCAGGAGUAUGUUGAGGCAGUGACAUUUGAGCAUUGGUUGGCGGAUGGAACUGUACUUCCAUAUGAAAGACUCGAGACCGCAGUAGUGCUGCCUCCGUCAGACUAUGUUUUAGGAUUAUGUGAUUUGACAGGUGAAAUUAUGCGUUUUUGCGUUACCAAUGGAAACAAACUGAAGAAGGAGCAAUUGUUGAAGAGCUUACUUUUCUUGCAAGCCCUCGAAAUGAGCUGCACACAAAUUCUUGGACACACAACUCGCCGUCAACGCAAGUCAUUGACUCAAAAAUUGGAAGUAAUGCGUUCUAGCAUUCAGAAGGUGGAAAAUAUCUGUUAUGGUAGAACUAUGCGUCGCCAUACAGCGGAAGAGAAUGAAGUUAAAGCAUAAUCUAUAGAUCUAUAUACAAUUUCAUGUCUAUGACAUUUAACAAGUAAUGAAUCAAUUUUUCCUGUAACGAGACA